GACUCUUUCUCCUUUUUCUCCUCCACUUCAUCAUCCUCCUCUUCCUCCUCUUCCACACAAGGAGCCUCUCAGCCGGUGACCUUGUGACCCCUCCGCGGCUGGAGGCGGGCACAUUCCUCUGUCCUCCCCCGGGACAGCUGACUGACGGGGGAGGCACGCAUUUAAUUAGUGAGGAAGAAGCCUCGGGACGGGCCGGUCAUCGCACCGCCCUCCUCCGGGCUGCUCCGGUGCGCGAACACAGCCGACCCCGCGGAGCUCGCGCGCACCGUUGGGUCCGUUUGGAGGUAAAGUCAAGCCGUGCGCGUUUUACUGGGGAUUGAACGGAUCUCAUACUCCGGUGUGAGAGAGCGACGCAGUCCCCCCCGUCCCCCCCGUCCCCCCCGUGAGUGAGAGCCAGAAGCCACCUGUCGUGGAUGAAACCGGACUCCCGGACUAACGAGCCACAUCUCCGCCGUCUAUGCGUCUGCGGGCCGCGCGCGGUGUGUUGUCGGCGGGCACGUUGCCAUGGUUACGGAGGUCCGGCCGGGAUGUCACGGAGGGACGCGGUGAGGUGUCUGCGCUGUCUGCUGUACGCGCUCAACCUGCUGUUCUGGGUGAGACGUCACACCUCAUGUCAGCGUGUGUGCUGGGAGUAGCAGCCUGGAUAAGAGACUCUCUGAACACUGUGCUGACCCUCACAGCGCACACCAGGCUGGAGGAAGCAGCCGUUCUCACAUACUCUCCGGUGGUCCACCCAGUCAUCAUCACGGUGUGCUGCUUCCUCUUCAUUGUGGCCAUGGUGGGAUACUGUGGAACCCUCAGGUGUAACCUGCUGCUGCUCUCAUGGUACUUCUGCAGCCUGCUGGUGAUCUUCUGCGUCGAGUUGGCAAGUGCUGUUUGGACCUACGACGAGCCCCUGGUUCAGCGCUCUGAUAUGAUCAGUCUGAAGUCUCGGAUGCAGAACUUCGGCCUGCAGCGUUACCAGUGGCUCACACACACCUGGAACAGCUUCCAGACCGAGUUUAAAUGCUGCGGGGUGAUCUACUUCACUGAUUGGCUGGAGAUGACGGAGAUGGAGUGGCCGCCUGACUCCUGCUGCUCCUAUCAGUAUCCAGGAUGUGCUCGCCACGCCCACUUCCAUGACCUCAGUGACCUGCACCAGGAGGGCUGCGGGCCAAAGAUCUACGGCUUCAUCCGAGGGACGAAGCAGCUCCAGGUGCUGCGUUUCCUGGGCGUGUCCAUCGGCGUGGCUCAGAUCCUCGCCAUGGCGCUCACACUCACGCUGCUCUGGGCGCUUUAUUACGGGAGGAAGCCUCCAGAGCCGCCCGCCCUCACAGGGACACAUGCCCCCCCCCCUGAAGACUCCAACCGCUUUGAGAUGGAGCGACUGUCCUCACCCCCCUACAGAGUCUGAAGGGGCUUGGUCACUUCCUGGUUCGACCGAAGUCACCCUCCCGUUCUCGUCAGUGAUGUCACCGUGACCUCAGGUACAAACUCAGAAGGUCAAAUGAUUAUUGCCAGAGGAACCACAAAUGAAACUUCGUUCCAAUAUCUACACGGUCUUGCAAAAGUAUUGACCCCCUUGGCGUUUUUUUCUUUUUUGUUGCCUUACAACUUGGAAUUAAAAUUGAUUUUUUUGUGGGUUUAUAUCAUUUGUUACUUUGAAGAUGCAAAAUAUGUUUUAUUGUGAAACAAACAAGAACUAAGACAAAAAACAGAAUACUUGAGCGUGCGUAACUAUUCACCCCCCCAAAGUCAGUACUUACUAGAGCCACUUUCUGCAGCAAUUACAGCUGCAAGUCUCUUGGGGUACGUAUCUGUAUUUGGGAUUUUUGCCCAUUCUUCAAGGCAAAACUGCUCCAGCUCCUUGAAGUUGGAUGGGUUCCGCUGGUGUACAGCGAUCUUUAUAUCGUACCACAGAUUCUCAAUUAGAUCGAGGUCUGAGCUUCGACUAGGCCAUUCCAAGACAUUUAAAUGUUUCCUCUUAAACCACUCGAGUGUUGCUUUAGCAGUAGGCUUAGGGUCAUUGUCCUGCUGGAAGGUGAACCUCCGUCCCAGUCUCAAAUCUCUGGAAGACUGAAACAGGUUUCCCUGUACGUAGCGCCAUCCAUCAUUCCUUCAAUUCUGACCAGUUUCCCAGUCCCCGCCGAUGAAAAGCAUCCCCGCAGCAUGAUGCUUACCAUGGCGAUGGCGUUCUCGGGGUGGUGACAGGUGAUGGGUUUGGCCAGACAGAGCGUUUUCCUUGAUGGCCAAAAAGCUCAAUUUCAGUCUCAUUUGACCAGAGUACCUUCUUCCAUACGUUUGGGGAGUCUCCCACAUGCCUUUUGGCGAACACCAAACGUGUUCGCUUAUUUUUUUCUUCAAGCAACGGCCUUUUCUGGAGACUCUUCCGUAAAGCCCAGAUCUGUGGAGCGUUCGGCUUAAGGCGAACCCUAACCCUGUGGACAGGAACUCCAAUCUCCGCUGGAGCUUUGCAGCUCCUUCAGGGUCAUCUUUGGUCUCCUGGUUGAUUGACGCCCUCCUUGCCUGAGCCGUGAGCUUUGGUGGGCGGCCCUCUCUUGCCAGGUUUGUUGUGGUGCCAUAUUCCUUCCAUUUCUUAAUAAUGCCUUUAAUGGUCCUCUGUGGGAUGUUCAAAGUUUGGGUUAUUUUUUUAUAAGCCGACCCCGAUCUGUACUUCUCCUCGACCUUGUCCCUUGUGCUCUUCAUGGUGCCGCUUGCUUGGUGGUGUUGUGGACUCGGGGGCCUUUCAGAACAGGUGUGUGUAUACUGAGAUCAUGUGGCACUUAGAUUGCACACAGAUGGACUUAAUUUAACUAAGUAUGUGACUUCUGAAGGUAAUUGGUUGAAGCAGAUCUUACCACUUUUCCCUUUUUUAUCUUUUAGAAUUUUUGAAAGAAGUAUUUUUUUUCAUUUCACUUCACCAUUUUGGACUAUUUGGUCCAUUACAUGAAAUCCAAAUCAAUUUUAAUUCAAAGUUUUAAGGCAACAAAAUAGGAAAACCACCAAGGGGGGUCCAUACUUUUGCAAGGCUCUGUAUCAUAUGUGAGUUGUGAUCUUAGAACCUCCUGGACUUUGGAAGAUCAAAGGAUUCUGGGAUUUUGAGUCCUUAAACUGGAGAACAUGAAAGACGUGAAAAACAUCUGGACGUCCAAGUCAGCCGUCCAUAGUUGUGACAACAUGAUGUUUGAUAUAUUUAAUAAAAUCUGUCACACUGUUAUUGAAAGAUUACAGCGUGACCGCCUGUGGAUGUUUGAUUUAUUCACCUGAAUAAACGUGUUGUGUUUG